AGUAUGCACAAGUUACGAAGAUGUUGGGAAAUGGACGAUUAGAGGCACUUUGCUUUGAUGGAGUGAAGAGGUUAUGUCACAUCCGAGGAAAGCUGAGAAAAAAGGUGUGGAUAAAUGCUGGAGACAUCAUCCUACUGGGACUAAGAGAUUACCAAGACCAAAAGGCUGAUGUCAUCCUGAAAUACACACCAGAUGAAGCUAGAAAUCUGAAAGCUUAUGGAGAACUUCCAGAAUCUGCCAAACUCAACGACAACCUCUUUGAUGAAGAUAAUCAAGAUGAAAUUGAGUUCCAGAAUAACUUUGAUGGAGACGAUGAUGACAUUGAUGAUGUGAGUAAUUUGAUAUUGAUUUUGAAUUAG